UAUUGUUUCAUUAUUUCAGUCCCAUGUCAGUGGUGGAUGCUAAUAUCUGAGAGUGAUAGUGAAGGCUGGGGUUUAGAUUUAGCAGCAGACAUCCAGGCACAGCAGAAUAGAGGCAGUCACAGAUGUGUCAGGGACUGUUUACAUCAAUGGGAGAGGGGACUGCUUUGUAUUUGUGCAGGUACAGAUUUAACAUCAUAUACCAUUACUCAACAGUUUCAGCUGUUUACUUUGUAGAAUAUAUUUUGAAUUAUAUCCCAAAGGAACAAGAAAAUCAAAAUUGAAGCCACGCUGGAAGACUUCCAACUAGAUGUACAAUUUGUUAAUGAUUAGAAGGCUUCAUGCAAUUUAGGAUUAUCUUUCCUUUCCCAUUCUCACCUUAAAGGCUGUACCUGUCAGCUUUUUAUUUCCUUCUACCAUGAGCCUCUUCCUUCUGUAUGCAUGCUGCUCUGUCUCACUUGCUGUCUGUCUCUGAUGCAUCCCAUUAUCCUCCUCAUCAUGAAACAUCUAUUUUGCACAUGUCUCAUCUUGCUUAUAAUUGUUUCCUGGGCUAUGAAAAGUGACAGGCUUGAUCAGUGCUCCCUCCUUCAUUCUUGGUUUUUCUCUUCCAACAUGCUUAUCAAAUAUCUCAGGAAGAAUGACACUGACAGCUAUGUGUAUCUUACAAAUACCACUGUGCAACCAAUGAUUAUGGAUUAGCCUCAAGCCAAAUGCCAUGUACACUAAUAUGUGACUUAUGGUAGGACAUUAGUCACAUGCUUUUGUUGCUGUGGCUAUUAUUAACUGCUUAAAGGCUGAGGACCUGGUGUUUAGGGGAGCCCACCGGCCUGAUCAGCCAGCAUGGAGUAACUAGUGAGAGGAGUUUUCCCCUGAGGGUAAGAGAUCAUGACUAGUAACAUCUGGGGUCUAGUUGCCUUUUAAAGGGAGAUGGGGACAAUGAAUAGAGAGCAUCACUAGUACCUCUGUGAAUAAACUUCUUUGCUGAUUACAAGUAAGAAUGUUAACAACAGAAAUUCAGCCAUGUUUUUGUGCUUCAUCCAAUCAAUCAUAAUUCCAGCUACUUACAUUAUUAAAACUUGUAUUUCUGUAUUGACUGUCUAAAUACUUUUCUCAAGUAUAAUAGUAAAUACAAAAUGAUUGCACAGUGUUAUUCAGAUGGCACCACCAGCCAAGUGUUGAGUAGGCAGUAAGUAGCCUAAUUGCCAGUUUGUUUAGAGGAAGGGAAUCCAAAGGGUUAUUUGUCAAAUUCAAUGGCCGAGCCAUAAAUCUAGACACACAAAGCCAGGCAGAGUGCCAGAGUGCCAAGAUGGAUUUUUUUUCAGUCUGUUUGUUUUGCAAAUGUGAACACACCUGCUUCAACAGUGCAUGUCUGGACUGGGCAGGAAACAAUGAAGUUAAAUAAACAACACUAAAAAUUAAUUAUUUGCAUUAGAGAAAACUAUGACAUGGCUUAGUCCUUUCAUGAAAAACACAUUUAAACUAUAUUCUCUGUAUUUAUUGUCUGUCAUCUUGUUUUUCAGAUUAGGUUACUGACUAUACUUCUCUGGGGUCAUGAGUCGAGUCUUCGCUUCACUAUUGUGUGACUUGACCACCUGGACUUCCUCACCGAUGCCUGCAGGACCAUGGGUAGUGUCAGCAGCCUCAUCAGCGGCAACAGCCUCGACAGCAAACACUGCAAGGCAUCUGAGUUUAGGUUAAAAAGGGGAACAAACCACAAUAGAAAGUCUGGAGGCUGCAGCCUUGAUGGGUUACUGAAGUGCAGCUUUACUCAGGGCUCCUCUUCAUCCACUCAUCUCUCUAAAGGCCUGUCACACUCCCGGUCAGGACGAAGUGAAGAUUUUUUUUACAUCAAGGUGGGCCAUAAACCGAGGUCGGUGUACCACAGAGGAGGAUCAAUGGAAGAACAUACAGGUCGAAGGAACAGAGAUGGAGAAUCAGAUGGGCAUCUACAACCAAAACUGCUGCUCAUGUCAGGGAAAAUGACUGAGAGGACCACUGCUGAGAAGUCACUGGUCCGGUCCACUGCCUUCAAGCCUGUGUUUCCCAGGAGUACGACCUCCACAGGGCACAACAGCCUGGACCACAUCCUCGGCCCACUGGAGAAAGCAAGGAGUCCAGAUAAUAGAAAUAAGCAAGAUACCUUCUCAGGGACUCUCUCUGACUCUGGACGUAACUCUAUGUCAAGCCUUCCCACCCACAGCACCAGCGGCAGCCUAAGUGCUUCAGCAGGCCCUGUCAGUCACAGUGAUGGCGGCUCGGCUCCCGCAAGCAGCCUCAGCAAGGGACCACAACCCAAUUUCCCUCCAUGGGUCAGCGGAAAUAGUGCUAACCUUGACUGUAGCUACAGGGCUGGUUUAAACAGCGGAGGGUUGGCAUCAAAGGCUAAUGGAGAGGCUGGCUCCUCACUUUCUGCAGAUGAGCCAAGCCCUCUGUCUGAAACUGCAGGUGGGAUUCGGUCCCCUAUUACUACAGAUGAGUCACUGAUUGAAAAUUUGGAACAAAGACUGCUGGAAAGAGAGACUGAACUGCAGGAGCUACAGGUGAGUUUUGAGGAAAAGGAAGCAGACACUUGUCAGCUAUUUGAGGAGAGGCAAAGGUAUUGUGCUGAGGAGAUGGAAGGGCUGAAGCAGCGAUGCUCCACCAAGUUACGACAAGUGUCUCAGAUGGCUGCAAAAACCCAGCAAGCACUGCAGCUGCAGGUCAGCCAGCUCCAGGCAGAGAAGGACAGGCUUCAGGAGGACGUCUUGAAGCUAACCCGAGAGAAGGACCUUGUUGAGCUCAGGUUGAGGUCUUACGAGACAGAGAGCACACGACUCGCUCCGACACUCGAGGAAACGCAGUGGGAGGUGUGCCAGAAGGCUGGGGAGAUCUCACUGUUGAAGCAGCAGCUGAGAGAUUGCCAGGCGGACGUCAGCCACAAGCUAAAUGAGAUAGUCAGCCUCAGGGUGUCACUGAAGGAAAUCACAGCAAAGACGGAGAUGCUUGAGAAACAGAAUAAAGACCACGGGGACAAGCUCCACUCUCGCACCAGAGAGGCUGAGGUUUGCCAAAAUGAACUUCAGCGCAAGAAGAAUGAGGCUGAUUUGCUGAGAGAGAAAGUGGGCAAACUGGAGAAAGACAUCCAGGGAAUGAAACAAGAUCUGGCCAUGGCAAAGGAGCAGAGGCUGCAACACAGUUUGCAACUUGAGGCCCAUGCCCAGACUCAGGCCUUGGAAGGACUAAUCCAAGGAUCAGACUCUCCCAUCCAGAGCCAGGAGGAGGAGACCAAGGGACACACCUCCACAGAAUCCCUCCAGAAAGAAGUGGAGAGACUGAAGCAGCAGCUCAGGGAGGAGAAGGAUGCUCAGGAGAGGCUGGCCAACAGCUUUGAGCAGGAGAGGCAGACGUGGAACAAGGAAAAAGACAGGGUCAUCAAAUACCAGAAGCAGCUCCAGAUCAACUACCUGCAGAUGCACAAGAAGAACCAGGACCUGGAGAGGAUCCUGAAGGAGCUGACCGCUGAACUGGAGAGCCGGACAGAGCUAGGCAUGGACAUUAACUACAGCUCAGGGUUACAGACAUAUGACGACGUUAUCGCCACAGAGAUUUGACGGGAAAACUCACUAACAUGCUUGCAGUAUAGGAAAUACUGGCACUAACUUUUUCACCACAGAUAUUUACAUGUUUGCACGGACCAAGAGACAUCACACACUAGCCACUGGAGGUCAUUUUCAAUGCUAAUUAUCGUUCUAGUAGGGUUAUUUAAUAGAAUGUGCAACUCUUUUUGUGAUUACACUAUUUGUUCAAAAGUAAAUAUUAAGUUAUUUAAUGUUCAAAAGAGAAUAUUUUUUAUAUUUUAUUUUUACCAUACCGUCUAACAGGAUCCCUCUUCAUUCAAAUCAUGCAGUUGAAACACCAUUUAUUAGUUGUUCAUUGAUACCGGCCAGACAAUAGCUGAUUUAUAUGUUUCAUGAUAAAUGUCUGAUGGUAACACAUGAUAAGCAUGAUAGUGGCUUAACAUCUGUCCCUACCAGCAUGGACAAUGACAGUGAUAUAUCAUCUAUUGUUAGUCUGGAUUCCUAAACCUUAAUUUACUUGGUCUUGUGUAUCCACAUUACAGUAUGGUCCAACACUGUCCAAUCUUCUUAUGGGGUUGUGCAUGGAAAAAAAGUUGGGGUUUUUUUGUUGGUUUUUUUUACAUUUUUUAAGUCUUAUGAUGUGAAUAUUUGUUAUAUCCACACCAAUGAAAAACACAUUCCACUUCAAAAUACAUGUUAAGUGUCAACUGUUAUGCAUUUUCAUCCCUAAAUUCAAUUCAACACUGGACAUGUGAUGCAAGUCAAACAGACAAUAGUGCAGUCAAAAGACUUUAUUGCACUGGCUGUAUGUUUUUGUCAGUAUUGUGUGAAAAUUCAAAGUUUGUGUUACAGACAACAUUUCAGAGAUCAGUAAAUGAAUCUUGCAAGGAAAUGCCACAUGCGUCUCUUCAGGUGAUAUGUAAGAGUCCUGAGAUCACUCAUUCAAUAUGUAUAAUUCCACUGAACAUAUUUCUUUAUAUGAAACAAUUUAUUUUCUUUAGGAACGGAAACUUCUGAAAUGGGUUGACCGUGGCUCAAGUAGAUUGCGGCGAUGAGGUCUAGUAUUUUUGAGUAUUUUUGUACUUUAAUUACUAACAUUAGGGAGAGAGAAAUGCAACAAACAUCCCCAGGUGGACUCGAACCAGAGAUGUUGUGGCCCUUAUGGUUCUAAUUAUCCAGAUUAGUUUACUGUGGUUCCCUCUACAUACAUGAAAGAUGAAAGAUUACACUUGAGAUUAGAUUAUAAUAUCACUGUAUUCUUUGAGUGUGUAUGAAUCUGUGUAAAAGCAAACCUUAUGUCUGCAUCAUGCAAAUAAUUGAACAUUUAUUCCACUACCAAUACACCAUGAUAAUGCCUGAUACAGAAAUUCAGGCAAUAUAUAUUUGAGAACACCUCUGAUACAAGCCAAGGGCAAAUGCAAAUUUUGGGAUUCGCUUUGUACUCUGUGUGUGUUUGAGAGAGAGAGAGAGAUUAAAGGGGUUCGGAUAGUGUACAAUAAAAGCAAAUAUUUUAAGAGGAAAACAAAGAAAAAAAAUCGUGAUCUCCCUACAACGUCUAUCUCUCUCCCUACAUUGUUCAUCAAACUUCGUUAGAGUUCGCUGGCAAUGCUCCACUUGGAGACAAACAACCCUUCCGAGCAGCAGCCCCAGCCAUUUGGCUCCACUAUUUUGGCGUUAUUCCACUUCCCACAAGGGCAAAGUAGUUUGUGAAGCAAAAGUUUAACUACUCCACCCACUCAAUACUCAGAGGCUAACAUAGACUGUCAGGCAGAAAUAUGCACACAGUGCGCUGGUCAAGAAUGUGUGGCAAUCUUUAUAAUGAGACUGCUUGAGAUUGCUCAGCUACCCACCAUUACAUUACAUUACCACAGCAGGUCAGGAGAGAUUUGCAGGCAGACAGAGUGGAACUCUAGGAUGAGGUGCUGAAACCAACGGCACUCACACUCUAGAGACUGAUAAGUGUUUUACAGCCCUGACUCAAGGUCUUAGCACAGAAAAGUGGUCAAAUAGGGAAGCAGCAAAAGGACGGUUGAUACUGUUGAUAUGGUAGUGGUAAAAACGCUUUGGGUGCAGCAGUUGAGGAUUAAAUAUACAAACACAAACAUAGAAAAUCUUACACGCUUUGGGGAAAAAAGCCUCAGGGCUAGGGUGCAAACAGCAAAUGUUUGUCAUUUGUGCAUCAGUACUCAUUUAAUACUUUUGCCCAUUUUUAAAUUUUUUUUGUGUAUUCUGAAAUUCUGUUUAUCUAAAAAAAAAAAGUUAUGUUACAUCUAUCUCACCAGACAGACUUUACCGAGACUCUUUGUGCCAAAAGAAGAGAGUGAGGAGGUUUAUCAAUGUUCUAACAUAAACAAAUACAUUAUUGGACAUAUCUGCAUUAUGUUUGCUUUGAAUGAUUACCAAAACUCUCCUUUAAUACAAAGAAUAUGGGUGAAUACAUCUGAUUAAGUAAACCACACCAUGAUAAACAAUAUGCUGCAGUUAUAAAUGUAUAGGAGGUAUUAGAUUUUUUAAAAUGUUUAUUUUACACUUGGUUCUAUUUAUUACACAACUUCACAAAUGCUGGAUUUAGACUCAGAAAUAAAUAUGAAUGCUGUUGAUAUAUACUCAAAGCUGUCUUCAACUGCACUCUUUGUCAAUCCCUUAUUAUAAUUCUCCAUUCUUCUUGGAUGUAAAUAAUAAGAUUGUUUGCCUUGCCUGUCGAAUCAUCUAAUUUCGGCCUUUUGAUAGUGUUUCCUUCCUCACACAGCAGCUCUUCCCAGCUCAGCUUCUGUCAUAACUAAGCUGAUUGGACCAAAUCAAAACUGAAAUCAAAUUAAGGCCCAUUGUCAGAGCAUGUGGCUCCGUCAUUGACAUGAAAGGAGGGCCACACAGAAGAGAUAACAAGAAAUUCAAAGUCGCUGGUUUGACAUGAAAGAAAAUAACAGAGGUGGAUGGAGGGUGGUGGUGGUGGGGAGGAUUUCUUGCUCAAAAUAACCAUCUAAGAAUCAUCACCUACACUUGUAUACAAUAAACGUACAAUAGAUCCUUGCAGCCACAAUGUUUUUAUGCACUUAAUGUAAUAAGUAUGCAGCUAUUACUAAUGUUUUUUAACGGCAGAAUAGUUGAAAAAAAUGAUAUAAACUAUGACAAUUAUAAAUCAAAUCCCAGCUUUCAAUAUUUAUCUUUUUUAUGAAGUCUUCCAUUUUCAAUUAUGUCGUGUAGUAGCAGAAAGGCUGUUUGGGAAGGUAAUGGGUUAUGAUAUACAUCUCUUUGUGUGAACUGCACACACAGAGUUUUGGUCCAGCAGAUGUCUCGGUGAUUGGACAGCAGUUAGGCAGCCGUCAGAAGACACUGGGCGAUAAUUUAGCCCUGCCCUGCAGUGACAUGAUAAUAAUGCACUCAUAUCCUGCUGUGAUUGUCCUGCUCGGCUGACAGUCAAGCACAAAAGGGCCUGAAUUCAUUAGUAAUGGGGAGGCGCAUUUGCAAACCUGUUCAUCAUACAAAAAAGGGAUGUGUGGUUACAUAUUCACAGCAAACACAUGUAAUAAAUUCACAAUUUCAAGUAUGGUAGAAAAAAAAACUAAUUGUACUCCUACAAAAUGGGAGUUUGCACUUCAUUUCAUGGCCCGACGCUAACCUCUAACAUUAUAAUAAAUAUUCCAUACUGGUAAAUAAUACAUGAGUCAAUAAC